ACUGUACCGCACAAAAUAAAAAUUGGACGCUCUUUACAGCUAUGGUCAUGAUAGUUAAUAAUGAAAGUAAUGAAGUUGAGUCAAUAACAAUAAAUUACUUAACUAAAGGGCAUACUCAUAUGGCUGCAGAUGCAGUACAUGCAAAUAUUGAGCGGAAAAUAAAGCGCCAAAGAGGAAUUUAUGAUUUCUCAGAUUUAAAAGACUGUGUCCUUAGAGCACGAAAGUGUAUCAAAAUUGUCGAAAUUCAACAGCGUCAUGAAUGGCCAAAGAAAAAAAGGGCUGGUCGCGCUGGAGAGCCUCUUAAAGACUUUCAGCUAAAGGCUGUGGUUCAGGUUAAAUUUGUUAAAGGCUCAAGGAAUAUUUUAUAUAAAACAAGAUAUGACGAACAAUUUCAAGAAUUAGAUUUUUUGGCAAAAAAGUUUGACAUUCAAUCGAUAGCUCCAGUUGUUAAAGAACCAAGAGGAGUGAAAUCAGUGAAAAAAAAUGAUAUUAUCAAUAAAUUGGUGCCCAUGAUGCCAGAAUCUCGAAGAGCCUUUUGGCAUCAUUUGCCAACUAAUGAUAAAUCUGUAGACCUGUCAUUUAUGGGCCAAAUGGAGCAAAAUGAAUAAUUUUUGAUUUAAAUAGGUACAAUUAAAUAUCUUUUAAAUAUU